AUGAAUGUAGUGAAAGUGAGGGAAGAGACUCCUUGGGUAUCACUUCAGAUUGCCUACCCUAACGACCCGGGGUACUAUGCUCACAUUUGUGGUGGAACCCUUAUCAGCAGCAAGUGGGUCAUGACUGCAGCCCAUUGCCUCACAUCCUACCGUGUGGCUCUGGGUGAGCACAACCUCCUGGAGGUGGAUGGCACCGAGUACUACAUUGAUGUGGAUGCAAUCUUCAUUCAUGAUGGCUGGAAUCCCAAUGACAUUGCCAAUGGCUAUGACAUUGCUCUGCUGUGCCUCGAGUCUCCUGCCAAUGCCAACGGGUUCAUCGAGCUGGGAGUGCUUCCACCUGAAGGAGAAAUUUUGCCCAAUAACUACCCCUGCUAUGUCACCGGCUGGGGGGUAGUUAGUGCAGGGGGCGGCAGCAUGGACAGGCUGCAGGAGGUGAUGCUGCCGGUGGUCGACCACGAGAUCUGCUCCCAGGAUGAUUGGUGGGGAUCCCUGGCAAAGGACACCAUGCUCUGUGCUGGUGGAGAUGGUGUGAAGGCUGGAUGCAGUGGGGAUUCUGGGGGCCCUCUCAACUGCUACAAAGAUGAUCACUGGGAAGUCCAUGGGAUUGUCAGUUUUGGGUUAGUGCCCUACUGUAACACCUACCAGAAACCAACAGUCUUCACUCGAGUGUCAGCCUAUGUAGACUGGAUCUACAGUACUAUGGAGAAUAACGGGGGGUUCUAGAGAAGGAUCAACUGGUG